AUGAAGGAGGGCAGACUGGAGGUGAAGAUGAAGAGGGUUUUUUGUGGAACAUCCUGCUUGGUGAUGCUGCUGGUGGAACUCUUCUGGAUUAAUGGGACUCUCGGACUGCAAAGAGAUGCGGGAAGUAGGGUGAUGAAGCAGUGGGAGAGGAAAGUGCGUUCGGCCUCCAGCCUUGACGAACUCCUUCGACUCGCAGACUUCCCUGACUGGAAGUUGUGGAAGUGUCGCAUGAGGUUACAGCAGUCAGAUUCUCUUUUCUCGCCACCUUCAGCCGGCUCACACCGAUCGACGCGCUACGCCGCAGAGUCUUUCAGCCUGGAGAUACUUAAAGCCGUAGAUGAGGAAUGGCAACGGACACAGUGCAUGCCAAGAGAGACGUGUGUGGAUGUGGCCAAGGAGCUGGGCACUGACCCAUCCAUGUUCUUCAAGCCACCUUGUGUGUCCGUUCAUAGAUGUAGCGGCUGCUGCAAUCAAGAAGGUGUGACAUGUAGAAACACAAGUACAGUGCUGGUCAAUAAAACUGUCCUUAGCGUGAUUCCUUUUAAUUUUGUCCCAGAGCCCGUGCUGAUAAAAGUAGCAAAUCAUACAGAAUGCAGAUGCAUGGAGCCGGCCAUUAUUCGACGUAAUGCUCAGCCUCAGAGGAGCAGUGGUUGUUCUUUGAUCGGACAGCUUUCAGAGGCAGGAAAUUCCAGGAGACUUUGUGUCAGUGGAUGGAUUUGGGAUUGUGCAAGUGACAGAUGCAUACCGUACCCCUCCAGUAGUCGACCAGAGUUUCCUCUGUCUUCAUGGAUGCCCGACUGCGAAAUCGAUGUGGAUCGUUGCGACUGCAUUCCAAGAGUUGAGCCAACUGCCCAACUUAGGUCGGUCCAUCGCUGUCACCUAAACAGCUCCAUUUGUUCUCACAGACGGCAACAUUUUGACCCGUCCUCCUGCAGAUGCAAGUGGCCCAAGUAG